CCAAUUCACGGCCGAUGCCCCCGAGUGGAGCGCUCUAAUUGGCGGGAGAGCGACAAACCAAGCAACGAAUCAGGCAGGGAGAAGAAGACGACACCGAAGAGGAGCAACCUCGGUAUUUCUUCCCGAGCAAGCAAUUUUCGUUUCUGCAGGAGGUCUCAACUUGUCCAUUCUGCCUCUUGUCGUGUCCGCGUGCUUGACUUCAGUCACGCUUGCUAGAAGACAAGGCGCAGCUACUGAGUGAGGCACUCAAUUCCCCCGCGCCGACCUGCGCUGUCGCGGCCACCGGACGAGGCAAUGAACACCCCACAACACCGUACUCGCAUCGCCAUGGCCGUCACGAGCUGCUGCCUCGGGUGGAACUGCCUCUGUCUCCUGAUGCGCUCUCAGCCAUGGAGCCAAGAAACCUUCGGCAUAGCUAAGAAGUCCGAGUCGGUAGCUGUCAAUGCUAUCAUUGACUUCGUGUACGCCACCAACGCCGCCAGCGACAUUCUCCUGAUAUGGGCCAUAUACUACCAAACCCGUCAACCUAACAUGGGUGCCAUGGCUGACUCGAAGCUGGUGAGACGCGUUCUGAAGCUCUUCAUCAUAUGGAACGGCUUCGCCAUCUUCCUACUUUGGAGCACUUCAUGCGUGACUUCAGUGCGGAGUACUCUCCUGCAAGUUCGAUCCUAUGGUCGAAAGGAUCACACAAACGAAACACCUGAAGCCAACGUCACGUCAGGUGCCCUGAUAGGCGUGCAGGCUGAAGGACACGUUCGCUUUUGGACUCCGCUGGCUGUCUUCACGACAGUAGCUUUCAUCAGGGUCGUCGUCCUGGUGUAUUGUUUCGUGGGCUACCUGGGCUUGCUGUCGGAGGCCGCCAGCGACAGCGUCUUCGAUGCGCCUAUGGACGCCAUUUUCAGCUCGAGUGCUUCUUUGUCGUCAGUGCGGCCGUCGUCGUCCACACUGGCUCCGCGCGAAUACAGGACUUCUACCAGAAACCUGUCCUACGCCUCUACAUCGCCGAUGGCUCAGACGAAGACUAGUGACACACAGCACGUCGAGACCUCAACCCCGCAGCAUCGAAAGCCGAAGCGAGGGGUCGUCGUCACGCCCACAAUGAGUUCGCUCAGUGACGGGAUCGCGCUGCGGGUGGUGCCCGGUCCAACCUUCAAGAGGCCUUCCUACGUGUGCUCUGUGUCGCCACCGAACAUCCAACAUUCGACGCGUGUCGACGGCACACGCUCGGGCGAAGACAGCCCGUCGGCCACGGCGCCGGCGAGCUUCGACGCCAUUCAGGCGGCCACGCUCGCGUCCAUCUUCGGAACCGCGCACUGGAGGCUCGGUGGAACGCGCCUGCCGUCACUCGCAGUUCCGUCCCUUGGUCCAUCCGGGAACAGCUCGCAGACAGACAUUGCCAAGACGCAGUCGGUUGAAGCACCGCGGACGCCCGUCGGCGAAUUCAACGCUUCCCGCAAUUCGUCGCCGACCCACUCGGAAAACGACGUUGCGAAGGCGGCAGUUGUGGCGGCCGCCGAAACGCCCCUACCAUCGCCUGCUGGCGAAGCGGCGACUGCCGCAAUGCCUUCCCGCGAAAGUGCGAAGAAACACAAGCAACAUGAGCGACGCAGUAAGGGUAAAAGCAUCGCUUUCGGCAGCCGCUGGCGGCGCGGCGGUCGCCACGCGUUUGAAAGCGGUGCUGCGCCCCUUAAGCCUACAGCCACCUCGCCCGCCAGAAAGAGGCGUAGCGAUAAGGGGAUGGUUCCUCUCGACGACCACCCGUUCGUUGUGGACGACUCACAACGACGGGCUGUCGAUGAAGACGGUGUCCACGGCAGCAGUCCUACGCCUGGGAGCGUCACCUCGAUGGAAGCGAGCAGUGAAGUGAUGGGGUCGAUGACAAGUGGCAGCACGCACGUGGCUUCGCCUUUAGUAACUUUCUCUUUUCGUACGCCUCCAUCUUCGGUGGCAGCCACGCCGGCAACGGCGGAGGACGCUGCUCAGUUGUCCGAAAUCUCUAACCGUGCGCGUGGUGCGUUCAUUGUUGCGCCACCUGUCGUAGAGAAAAGAGAGCAAGCCGUGCAGACCGACAUGUGUUAGAACGCGCUAAAAAUCCGUGGUCUUUUACAUAUUCUUAGAGCAUCAAAGUAAUAUAUUUGGGGCGCGCUUUUUUCCUAACUGACUUUUUCUUUUAUUUUAUGGAUGUGAAUAAUUGAUCCUUUAGCGUAACCGCCCUAUCGUAAAUAACCGUAUCUUUAUCCGCAUGUUUCUUUUUUUUUUCGCGGCUAUUUUCACUUCACAGUGCUCUGGAAUAUGGACACUUUUUGCCGUGGAGAUGUAAAGCAGAUAGUCCAGGGAACUUUUGCUGCAGCUGUCUCGCAUAUUUUGAACUUCCUGGCGCCUCGUACAAAAGAAGAACGCGAGACACUUUCUUUACCCCCGGUAUAUUUCCCUUAAUCACAUGCGGAUUCACGUCAUUCUCAAUGUGCCACAAAAUUCAGCACUACCUCUUCGUAUUUUUUUGUUAAGCGACAGAAUACGUCACUUGCGAAGACUGAAUGAAUUUAGUGCAUUUUUGUGAAUGCCUAAUCAUCAGCUAGCUGUAUAUUUCAUGCCAGAUUCAAUGGCUACCAACGUUCGUCCUAGCACAGAUAGACCAGCUUCAAACGACUACGAGCAGAUGUCUUCAUGAAAUCGCUACUUUGAACUUUGUAGUGGCUAUGACCUGAUAUUCAGCGCCGCAGCAAUAAAGACAACACAGGUGAAG